AUGUCUUCAUUUGGAGCUGAGAUUGAACCAUCUAGUUUUGAGGAAGCAUGCAAAGAUCCUAGGUGGGUUGAUGCCAUGCAGGCUGAGAUCAAGGACUUAGAAUGCAAUAACACUAGGAAAGUUGUGCCUUUGCCUUAUGGGAAAACAGUCAUUGGAUGUAGGUGGAUUUUCAAGAUUAAAUACAAAGCUGAUGGUCCAAUUGAGAGGUUUAAGGCUAGACUAGUAGCUAAGGAAUAUAAUCAAAGGGAAGUACUAGAGUCUCAUGAGACAUUUUCUCCUGUGGUAAAAAUGGUGACUAUUAGAAGUGUCUUGGCACUAGAUGCAGCAGGGAAGACCAAGAAGCAAGGAACUGUCUCUCGAAGCUCAACAGAAGCUGAGUAUAGAAGUAUGGCAAAUUUUGUAGCAGAGGUAUUGACAGAACAGCCAACACCAAGUGAUUCUUCUGCUCCACAUUCACUGGUAUGA